AUGGCCGCUAUCGCAGCUGCGGCCAACAACUCCAAACAAUACACCAAAAUAAAAUUAAAGGAGACGUUGGAGGCACUCAGCUACUCUCUAAAGACAAAGACGCACAAAUGCGGCAAGAUCAAGUUUUACAAGACCAAAGACCCAGUAUGGGGGAUUGAUUUCAUGAAUAAUCUGAGCCGAGCCUUGCAGGAGAAUCGCAUCUUGUCAUGGAUGGAAGAACUCUGGGCCUCACAAGGAACAAAGACCUUCAGAGUGAGCUUUAUGGGGAAGCGUGUCAUUUACUCACGCGAUCUGGAGAACAUGAAGGCUGUGAGCACAACUCAGUUCCAGGAAUUUCUGGUAGAGCCCGUCAACGGCCAUCUGGACCCAUUCUUGGGCAGCGCUCUCAGCACCGCAGAUGGAAAAGUGUGGCAGCACAGUCGCAACCUCGUAAAGCCAUACUUUGAGCGCCAGGCCUUUGCUAAUGUACAGCGUCUGGCACCCUUCACGGAUCGCUUGUUUGGUCUGUUCCCGACUGAUGGGGAAACCUUUGAUAUCCAGCCGCUGCUGUCAAGAUGGUUUCUGGACGCCACCACCUCAUUUCUCUUUGGGCGCAGCAGAGAUAGCCUUACCAACGCUGAGAACAAAGACGUCAUGUUGGCGAUAUUUGAUAUUGUUCGCGGUGCGAGUGCCCGUCGUUCAAUGGGUCCCUUGAAAUAUGUUUUCCACGAUGCAAAAUGGCACGAGUCAAUCCAAUUUGCCCACAAGUACCUAAAUGACCAUAUUGACGAGGCUUUGGACGAGUUGAAGGCGCGAAAUCAAAAUCCGGAGAAAUUUACCACCGAAUCUGAUCGAACAGAUUUGCUCUGGUCUUUGGUGCAGCAGCUUAAUGACAGGACCCUCCUGCGAGAUCAGCUCGCCGCCCUAUGGAUUCCAGGCAUGGAAUCUACCAGUAUCCUUGUCUCAAACAUAUUAUUUUUCUUGUCUAGACAUCCUCGUGUUUGGCAACGCCUACAAAGCGAGGUCAAGGCAACGGGUGAAGGGGCACUGACGUAUAAUACGUUGAGAAAUAUGCAGUACAUGACGUGGGUGAUUAAUGAAACCCAGCGUGUGUUCCCCGCCGGCGUCUCAAUGACCCGCGUGGCCGGAAAAGACACGACGCUCCCACGAGGCGGCGGACCAGAUGGCCAGCAGCCUGUCUUUUGCGCAAAGGGUGACCUGGUGGUCUGCAACCGCUACCUGCUGCACCGUGACCCUGAAUACUGGGGCGAGGACGCAGCAGAGUUCCGGCCAGAGCGGUGGGAUGGGAUUCGACCAUUCUGGAACUUUGUGCCGUUUGGCGGAGGACCUCGCAUCUGUCCGGCCAAUGUCAUGGCCGUGACCGAGGCCGCGUACUUUGUGGCGAGAUUUUGCCAAAAGUAUAAAAGCAUUGAAUCGCGAGAUGAUCGACCCUUUACACCUGUCCUGCAUGCCGGUGUAAGCAACUUGAACGGAGUUAAAAUCGCCGUCACAUCGUGGUAG